AUGACUUCCAACCGCUCUUACAAGCUCAACUCGGGCUACACCAUGCCCGCCGUUGGCCUGGGUACAUGGCAGUCCGGCCCGAAUGAAGUCGCCAACGCUGUCGCCACGGCUCUCAAGCUCGGUUACAGGCACAUUGACGCCGCAGCCGUCUAUGACAACGAGAACGAGGUGGGAGAUGGCAUCCGCGCCUCGGGCGUCGACCGCAAGGACAUCUUCAUCACCAGCAAGCUGUGGAACACCCACCACAAGCCCGAGGAUGUCGAGGAGGCCCUGGACCACACCCUCAAAGACCUAGGCACCGAUUACCUCGACCUCUACCUUAUCCACUGGCCCGUCUCCUUCGCCAAAGCCGCCGACAUCAAGCAGCACUUCCCCAUCAACCCGGAGACUGAAGCUGUGCACGUCAUCUCAGUGCCCAUCGCCGACACGUGGCGGGCAAUGGAGGCGUUGGUGGCGAAGGGCAAGAUCCGCAGCAUCGGCGUCAGCAACUUCACGCAGGCGGCCAUCGAGGAGCUGCUGAAGACGGCCAAGAUCCCGCCGGCCGUCAACCAGAUCGAGGCGCACCCGUACCUGCAGCAGCCGGCGCUGCUCGAGUGGCACAAGAAGCAGGGCAUAGUCGUCGCCGCGUACUCGCCGCUCGGCAACAACAUCUACAACCUGCCCCGCGCCGUCGACGACCCGGUUGUGAUCGAGGUCGCGCGCAGCCUGGGCAAGGAGCCGGCGCAGGUGCUAGUGCAGUGGGCGGUGCAGCGUGGGACCGUGGUGCUGCCGAAGAGCGUGACGCCGGCCCGCAUCGAGAGCAACUUCCAGGACUUUGAGCUGCCGAAGGAGGCGUUUGAUAAGAUCACGGCGCUGGAUCGGAAUCACAGGUACAACUUCCCCAUCAGGCUCGGCGUCAACAUUUUCGGCGAGCACGAUGAGGCGACGUUGAAGAAGGGCGUUUCCGAUUGGGUGGCAGCGCAAAGAAAGCUCAAGGAGCAGGCUGCGGCGGCGUAG